AUGUUCACACAAAUUGAAAAUACAAAAAUAAUAUUUAUUUAUUUAUUGUUUGAAUUGAUAAUUUUGUGUUUUAACAAUUAAUAAAAAUAUAAAAAAAGAAAGAAAGAUACAUAUUUAGUAUAACUUAGGAUACUUUUUGCAUGUGAAAAGUCUUAAAAAUAGUAAAUGGAUAUCACUAUCUCAAAACGAUAGAACCAAUUAUUUAUUUGUGACGGGGAAGUGGUAUUUAUCGAUUAUUAAUUAUUAUCUCAAUUUAAUCUUUAGUAAUUUAUCAAAAAAAAAAAAAAAGUAAAAAAGCAUAAGUAGAAAUAUACAAAAAUGUCUUCAGAAGUUAGCAAUAACAAUUAGCAAGCUCAAAUUAAGAAGCCACAAGAUGACCAUUUCAAGGCAAUCCUUAAAGAUUUAACAGCAGGUUCUAUCGCAGGACUUGCAAUUUGCUUGACUGGUCAUCCAUUUGAUACUUUAAAGGUACGUUUGUAGAUGGGUAAUGGUGAGUCACUUUUAAAAUGCAUCAAAGAAAUGUACGUAAAAGAGGGUGUUCUAUCUUAUUUCAAGGGUAUGGAAUCUCCUCUUGUCACUGUACCUCUAGUUAAUGCUAUUGUCUUCGGAGCUUAUGAAUUAUACAAAAAAAUCACUCACACAGAAAAUUAAGAAAGAUUCACAUUUUUUGGAGGACUUUGUGCAGGAAUGUUUGCAGGUUUUGUUAACUGCAUUGUUAUUGGACCAAUCGAACUCGCAAAAUGCAGAUUAUAAAUGUAGAAAGAAACAAUUCUCUACAAAGGUCCCUUUGAUUGCUUUGCUUAAAUUUAUAGAAAUGAAGGUAUAAAAGGUAUUUACAGAGGUAUGGUAGCAACCUAAUUUAGAGAAAUUCCAGCAUACGGCGCUCAAUUUGCUAGUUAUGAACUUUAUAAAAGCUCUGUUAUGAAAUACAUUAACCAUGGCAAAGACCUCUCUCACCUUUAAACAUUAAUAGGAGGUGGAUUCGGAGGUAUCAUGUGCUGGGUCUUUUCCUACCCCUAAGAUAUUAUUAAAACUAAGCUUUAAUGCGAAACUGGUCCCAUCAAAGGAAUGGAUGGUGGUUUUUUUAAAGUUGGCAGAUAAAUAAUAAGAGAAGAUGGCGUUAAAGGAUUGUGGAAAGGUUUUAGUGCCUGUCUCACAAGAGCAUUUUACGCCAACAGUAUAGGUUUUGUUGCUUACGAAUACUCUAAAAAAAUGUUAUAAGAUGAUUUACAUGUUGCUGAAGUUGCACAUUCCCAUUGA